AUGGCUUCUAAGCUUUUCCUUCUUGUGCUUGUUGCUCUUGUUUGCACCACAAAUGGUAGGAAGCUUGUGAGCUCAAAGGGUUCUUCCGAAGAUAGAGAGAAAACUCUUUCAUCGACCACAGGAUCCGGUGGUGGGCUAGGUGGUGGAGGUGGUGGUGGUUUUGGAGGCGGUGGAGGUGGAGGGUUAGGCGGUGGUUCCGGUUUUGGUGGUGGGGCUGGUUCUGGUGGGGGUGCUGGUGGCGGUGGUGGACUUGGUGGAGGCGGGGUGGAGGGGGGUGGAGGGUUUGUGGUGGUGGGUGGAGGAGGAUUAGGUGGAGGGUCAGGUUUUGGAGCUGGUGGUGGAUAUGGGGGUGGAGCAGGGGCUGGUGGUGGGCUAGGAGGAGGAGGUGGUGGAGGCUUAGGUGGCGGCGGUGGAGGUGGUCUUGGGGGUGGUGCCGGUGGUGGAUAUGGUGGAGGAGCGGGUGGUGGGAUUGGAGGAGGUGGAUUUCCUUGAGAACUAAAUUAGCUCCAGUCCAUUACAUUAUCACUGGUUUGCCACAUGCUAGUAUUGUUUAUGAGUGUUCAUGGAGUGUUUUCUUUCCUGCAUUUUUCUUUUUUUUUGUAUCUUUUGUUUAAGUAUGAAAGGGACAAAUAAACUCUUUGAAAUAAAAUUAGUAUU